AUGAGCGCGCUCGAAGAAAAGACAAACUUGGAUAAGGGGGACCUCGACUUGUUUAGUAUCAUCGAACGGAUAUGUUCGGUGCUGUCCCUGAUAGGAUGCGUUUUCAUCAUCGUCACAUUCUGCUCGUCGAGAGCGUUUCACAAGCCCAUCAACCGGCUAGCAUUCUUUGCGUCCUUUGGCAACAUGAUGUCAAACGUCGGGACCCUCAUGGCUAGGUCAUAUAUCGGCUUCCCUGAUUCCCCGGGCUGCCAACUUCAGGCUUUCCUUAUACAAAUGUUCAUGCCUGCGGAUGCAUUUUGGACGCUUGCCAUGGCCAUCAAUGUAUACCUAACCUUUUACUACAAAUUUGAUGCCGAACGACUACGAAGAAUGGAGAUAACUUACCUAGUCUGCUGUUAUGGCAUCCCGUUCGUUCCCGCAUUGGUGUACAUUUUCAUCAAAAACGAUAACGGACAGAGGGUUUACGGCAAUGCGACGCUGUGGUGCUGGAUCACCCCCCAAUGGGAUAUAUGGCGUAUUAUAACGUUUUACGGACCCGUCUGGAUUGCAAUUUUGAUCACCUUCUUCAUCUACAUCCGCGCCGGUGGAGAGAUCUACCAGAAACGCAAACAGCUUCACAACUUUAGCUCCUCAGACCCCGACCGACGACAUUCGUUCCAUGAUGUGCUCGCUUCGAUAAAGAUGACAGAGGUUUACAUCACCUCGGAGGUGACAGUGGACCAACCUCAGGGCUCCAUCGGUUUGGGGCCGAUGGGAAGCCGUGGAUCAGAAGUCGGAACAGCUCCACGGAUGCCCAGCGCCGCCUACUCUGUCACCAUCUCUGCCAACCACAACCGCAACGAACCGCACAUUGACGUCGUUCUGCCCGUCGAAAGCAGCGCUGUCGAAGUAUUUGCCCAGCGUCCUAUAAACUCGGCUCGCAUGCGUAACCGCGAGCUCAACAACGCUGCAUGGUCGUACACCAAGUGCUCCAUCCUCUUUUUCACAGUCAUACUCAUCAUUUGGGUCCCAUCGAGCGCCAACCGCGUUUACUCGGUCAUUUACACCAAACAGUCCUCGACCCCGCUUGAGUACAUGAGCGCCUUUGUCCUCCCACUUCAAGGGUUCUGUAACGCACUUAUUUACGUCGUGACCUCACGGAAGGCCUGCAAGAUCGUGUGGUCCGACAUCAAGUAUGCGUCUCGACGGACAGACGUCACAGAGAUCAUAGGCACUUUUCGCCACAGCAAUUCGUUUAAGAUAUCGCGCCAGAAUCGAAGAACAAAAAACUACGAGAGUGGGAGCAUAACUGAGCUCACGAACAGUCGACCAAACUCUAACCGGCAAGCUUCACGGGCAUAG